AUUUUCCUUGGGUUACCAGUGUAAAAACCAUGCGGUCUGUUUUUAGCAAACAUGGCAGCCAUCAAGGAGUUGAAUCCGAAAGCCGAAAUUGCCAGGGCGGCCCAAGCUCUAGCUAUCAACACCAGUGCCGCCAAGGGACUGCAGGAUGUCUUGCGAACAAAUUUAGGACCCAAGGGUACCAUAAAAAUGCUGGUAUCUGGAAGUGGUGAUAUCAAGCUGACCAAGGAUGGCAAUGUCCUUCUUCACGAAAUGCAAAUUCAACAUCCCACGGCAUCCAUGAUUGCUAAAGUGGCCACUGCCCAAGAUGACAUCACAGGAGAUGGGACAACAUCCAACGUUCUCAUCAUCGGGGAACUUCUUAAGCAGGCAGAUCUCUACAUAUCAGAGGGUCUGCAUCCUCGCAUUGUGACAGAAGGCUUUGAGCUGGCCAAAGCUAAGGCCUUGAAGAUCCUAGAUGAAGUGAAGGUGGCUCGGGAGAUGGACAGAGACACACUGAUCAGUGUGGCUCGUACCUCCUUACGCACCAAGGUGCAUGCUGAGAUGGCUGAUCUAUUGACUGAGGUUGUUGUGGAUGCUGUGCUGGCUAUCCGCAAACCCGAGGAGCAGAUUGACCUUCACAUGGUGGAGAUCAUGCAGAUGCAGCACAAGAUGGACCUGGACACCAAGCUGGUGCGAGGCUUGGUGCUAGACCAUGGAGCCCGCCACCCAGACAUGAAGAAGCGUGUCACCGAUGCCUACAUCCUGACUUGUAAUGUAUCCAUGGAGUAUGAGAAGAGUGAGGUUAAUGCAGGAUUCUUCUACAAGUCCGCCAAAGACCGCGAGAAGCUGGUGGAGGCAGAGAGGGCAUUCACGGACGAGAAGGUCCGAAAGGUCAUUGAACUGAAGAGGAAAGUCUGCGAGGGAAAUGACAAAGGAUUCGUCGUCAUUAACCAAAAGGGCAUUGACCCCUUGUCACUGGACAUGCUGGCAAAAGAGGGGAUUGUAGCUUUACGUAGAGCCAAGAGGAGAAACAUGGAAAGGCUGUGCUUGGCAUGCGGAGGGGUUGCCAUGAACUCAGUGGAUGAUUUAGCUCCAGAAAACCUAGGCCAAGCAGGCCUUGUCUACGAACAUGUCCUGGGAGAGGAAAAGUUUACCUUUAUCGAGGAAUGUGCUAAUCCUCGCUCUGUGACCAUCUUGAUCAAGGGGCCUAACAAGCAUACAUUGACUCAGAUCAAAGAUGCUAUCCACGAUGGUUUACGCGCCGUCAAGAAUGCCAUUGAUGAUGCUGCUGUGGUCGCCGGUGCUGGUGCCCUGGAGGUAGCCAUCCACGCCGGCCUCAUCAAAUUCAAAGAGACAGUCAAAGGUCGUGCUCGUCUAGGCGUCCAAGCAUUCGCCGACGCUCUCCUGAUCAUCCCGAAGGUCCUAGCUCAGAACUCGGGUCUUGAUCCCCAAGAAGUAAUCGUAAAGCUCCAGGAGGAGUACGCAGAGAGUAAACAGCUUGUUGGAGUCGAUAUAUCCACCGGUGAGGCUUUGGUUGCAGCUGACGCUGGUAUAUGGGAUAACUACUGUGUUAAGAAACAAAUUCUUCAUUCUUGUACGGUAAUUGCUGGAAACCUUCUCCUCGUUGAUGAAAUCAUGAGGGCCGGUCUAUCAUCACUCAAGGGCUCCUGAGUGUCUUGGCACUCCAAGCAGAUGACUUUCAAAGCAUGUCGAUGUCUAAUUUCUAAGCUUAGUAACGCUUCCUGUGAAAAUGAAUUAAAAAAAAGAAGUUUCCUUAACUUGUUGGCUGUGGAAGUAUAGAGGCUGUGGUGUAAUGGGGCUAGUUGCUUUCAAAAGCUUGGCUACCAAAUGAGUGAUUAUUAAGUAAUCUUGAAGGUCCGCACACAACCAAGAAGUUAAGCGUGCUGUUGUGGUCAGUAAACCCAAAACUGAAGGCUGAAGUUGGAAAAGUAUUUGGAAAAGUGUUGAUUACUUACAGACUGUGGUUUGGUUCGUACAAACUAAUCUGAGGUACCAUUUUAGACACUGAAUACUCUGUGGACUGCUGCUGGUAGUAUUUACAUUGUUGUCAAUUCACCAGUAGCUUUGUCAAACUGUCAAGUAUUUCUGGCAACUUCAGCCUGGUUUGGGUUCAAGGUUGUGCAUAUAUGACGUUAGUUUCAAGACUAGUGUGACUUGUCUGUUUCCAUAGAUAACCUUAAAUACAUUGAAUGUGAAUAGAUGCUAACAUGUGCAACUGUUUCGGUCACUUAAGACUGCAAAUUACAAACGGUAUUGAUGUAAAGUUUGGUCUAAACGCACUUUUACAUUGGUCUGCAAGUGAUGUUUUUCCCCCGAAAUUCAAAUAAAUGGUUUCAAGCUGUGCUUGAGCCAGCACCUUAAAUACGAUAUUUCAGCAUGCAUUAUUUGUUGGCACUACUUCCAGCCAAAGGUCAGAGUGAAGAAUUAAGUAGCAACCCAAGUACAACAUGUUCACUGGUAUGAUGAAAAAUAACCUGGCAUCAGACUGUAAACAAACCGUACGGCUGUUGCAUGUGAUGCUCUGUUAUUUGUAGUAAUUAGAGAUUUUUAUUUUCUCCAAAAUACAUUUACAUUGUUCCAGAAAGUUGCAUCUGAUACAGGGGACAUAUUUCUCACCAACUGAAUGCACAACCGUGCCUGUUACUACUGUGAUUUCAUUUUGCCGUGUGAUUAUUAUAAAAUGAGCAAGUUUAUUAAAAUGUUUUUGUAUUUGUUUUAUAACUUGGAAAAAAAAUAUGUCAACUGUGCUGUUUCACUUCAGGGAAUUAUACCUGAAAGGAGAUUGGUACCCUUGGUUGUCACAUAAAAAAAUCUCAAGACACCUGGUCUGCUUGACAGCUACUGUGCAGCAGAUUGUAAUGAGAAAUUGGUGAUGUCAUAACGAUGUCAUGCCGAAAACCUUGGCUACAGCAGACUCAUGGAUUGUGCAAGGAAAUGAAUGCUGAAGUUUCCGUCUACCCGUCUGGUGUAUCAUGAAUAAAAAAAUGAAUGUGUGAUCCCGGUUAA